CAAACAUUAAUUAUGGGUCCCACUCAAGGAAAAGAAGUAUGAAUUAAAUUGUAAUUUAGUUAUCUCCCUAAAUGAGAGAGAGAGUCCUCAAAUUAUUUGCUAAAUUCGAUGUAGAUGGUUCGAAGUCUAUAGAAAAAACAGAAACAAUCAAAUAUUGGUAACUUUAUAUAAAAUUCACACCUUCAGGAAAAGCAAUUUCGCAAAACUCAAUACUGAGGAGUUGUUCAAAUCUGUUGAUACAGAUAAUAGUGGUACAAUCUCAGAGGAAGAAUGGUUAAACUUUUGGACCUCAGUUUUAAGAAGUGGACAUACUGAAGAAGAAAUAUCCGAUGAAGUAUUUGAUUUGUAUAACUAUUAGUUAGAAUCGAUCGAAACUGGAUCAUCUUGGUGCAAAUUUGAGAAUCUGGAUAAAAAAGGCUGA